AAAUAAAUAAUAAUCCCUCUAUCCCAAUCUUCGCCGCCUUUAAAGAAAAAGCCUAAUCAUUUCGGCGUCACCAUACCCUCAAUCUUUAUCCCUUCACGGAUCUCGAUGUUUGCCGCUGAGCCAAUUUAUUGGUACUUCGGCUUCACUUGAAUUUCAUUUGUUGUAUCGAUCUUUAAGUCCGUUGGAAUUAUUGGGUCUUUGCUUUUCUUUUCUUUUUUUGUGGGGGAUUAUUGUGAGUUUUGGACUCUGAUUUGAUUACCCACUUGGCUGUUGGUGAUUUGAGUACAGUUGGGAAUUUGAGCUGAAACCCAGCUGAGAUUUUGCACGGUUGGGUUUUUUUGUCUAAUUGUCUUCUCAACAACUUCUGUGGAGGGAGCGUUUCGAAUUUGAUGAUUUUGGGUGUUUGAUUUGAAUUCGGUUUGGCUGGAGAGCUGUUGGGUGUUGGCAAUUUGAGGUCAAGUUUCGUGCUUUUUUUGCAUUUGUUAAUUCUUUUGGGCGGGUUUCAGUUGGAGUUUGUCUUUCUUUUAUUUGAUUGGCACUCUUUUCCUAUUUCUUCUCGCUUUUAUAUAUGCAAUCAAUCUUCUUUUAUACCCAAAUUCUUUCAUUUGAGCUUAAGGAUUGAGUAUGAGUUGUGCAUAGAGUUUGAAAUCUGACUUGUCCAUUUUCUGGUACGAAUCAGCUUCUUAUUGAUUUCUGUAUAGAAUUCGAGGUUGUAGAGGCAAAAUUCAUUUUGUUCUUUUAAUUGUAUACUCAUUCGUAAUCUUAACUGGGGGAGCCAACACAACAUUGCUGUAAAUUGAGCUUUGACAUAUAGAAUUAUUCUAACUCAAGACAAUUUAGUUAGACCGGAGAUAUGGAGAUCAGCAAUGAAGCCAGUGUUGAUCCAUUUCCAAUUGGACCUUCAACCAUUGUUGGUCGAACUAUUGCAUUCCGAGUUUUAUUUUGCAAGUCGAUGUCACAUUUGAGGCAUCAAAUGUUUCGUGCAUUGUUGAACCUCAUCUAUAGAUUUAAGGACCUUGUGGCACCCAUGAUAUCAUGGUUACAUCCUCGAAACCCUCAAGGGAUAUUGGCAAUGGUUACGAUCAUCGCGUUUUUGUUAAAACGAUACACAAGCGUUAAGCUGAGGGCAGAAAUGGCUUAUAGGAGGAAAUUCUGGAGAAAUAUGAUGAGAACUGCAUUAUCAUACGAGGAAUGGGCUCAUGCUGCUAAGAUGCUUGAUAAAGAGACCCCGAAGAUGAAUGAGUCAGAUCUUUAUGAUGUAGAAUUGGUGAGGAACAAGCUUCAAGAGCUCCACCAACGUCGCCAGGAGGGAUCUCUGAGAGAUAUUAUCUUUUGCAUGCGAGCAGAUCUUAUUAGGAACCUUGGUAAUAUGUGCAACCCUGAACUUCACAAGGGGAGACUUCAAGUGCCCAAACUCAUAAAGGAAUAUAUAGACGAAGUCUCAACUCAGUUGAGAAUGGUAUGUGACUUUGAUUCAGAAGAACUUUCAUUGGAAGAGAAGCUUGCUUUCAUGCAUGAAACAAGACAUGCUUUUGGAAGAACUGCCUUGCUUUUAAGUGGGGGUGCUUCUCUUGGAGCUUUUCAUGUCGGUGUAGUUAAAACACUGGUAGAACAUAAGCUUUUGCCCCGGAUAAUUGCUGGUUCUAGCGUGGGAUCUAUUAUGUGUUCUGUUGUUGCCACUAGGUCUUGGCCUGAGCUGCAAAGUUUCUUUGAGGAUUCCUGGCAGUCAAUUCAGUUUUUUGAUCAGAUGGGUGGAAUUUUUGCAGUUGUGAAGAGAGUUAUGACACGGGGGGCUGUUCAUGAGAUCAGGCAGUUGCAAAUGAUGUUAAGGCAUCUAACAAGUAAUCUUACAUUUCAAGAAGCUUAUGACAUGACAGGUCGAAUUCUUGGGAUAACUGUUUGCUCUCCUAGAAAGCAUGAACCUCCUAGAUGCCUUAACUACUUGACUUCACCUCAUGUUGUUAUAUGGAGUGCAGUGACUGCUUCUUGUGCCUUUCCUGGUCUUUUUGAGGCUCAAGAACUAAUGGCUAAGGAUCGAAGUGGAGAGAUUGUUCCUUAUCAUCCUCCAUUUAAUCUGGGUCCAGAGGAGGGAUCGACAUCUGUGCGUCGCUGGAGGGAUGGUAGCUUGGAGAUUGAUUUACCCAUGAUGCAAUUGAAAGAGCUGUUCAAUGUCAAUCAUUUUAUUGUGAGUCAGGCUAAUCCUCAUAUUGCACCAUUAUUGAGGAUGAAGGAAUUUGUGAGAGCUUUAGGAGGCAACUUUGCUGCCAAGCUUGCUCACCUUGUUGAGAUGGAGGUGAAGCAUAGAUGCAACCAGAUACUGGAACUUGGUUUUCCUUUGGGAGGACUUGCCAAAUUGUUUGCUCAGGACUGGGAAGGUGAUGUUACUGUUGUUAUGCCUGCCACACUUGCACAGUACUCAAAAAUUAUACAAAACCCAACUUAUUUGGAGCUUCAAAAGGCAGCCAACCAGGGACGAAGAUGCACCUGGGAGAAGCUGUCGGCUAUAAAAGGUAACUGUGGCAUUGAGCUUGCGCUUGACGAGUGUGUUGCAAUUCUCAACCACAUGCGGAGACUGAAAAGGAGUGCUGAGAGAGCUGCUGCUUCUUCUCAUGGUCUAGCCAGUACGGUAAGAUUCAGUGCUUCUAGAAGAAUUCCUUCUUGGAAUUGCAUUGCACGAGAGAAUUCAACAGGCUCUCUAGAAGAAGACCUGCUUACUGAUGUCACUUCCUCAUUCCAUCAAGGAGUUAGUGGAUCCACAGGUGGAGCACCAUCAGGUAAAAAUUUGAGAGCCCACCGUAAUGUACAUGAUGGAAGUGAUAGUGAAUCUGAGAGUGCAGACUUAAAUUCAUGGACAAGAUCUGGUGGGCCCUUGAUGAGGACAACCUCAGCAAAUAUGUUUGUUGACUUUGUCCAGAAUUUGGAUGCUGAUUCUGACCUGAAUAGAGGUUUGCAUGUUAACCCCAACUCAAUGUCAGUUCAGAUUGUGGGCAACAAUCAAAGUUAUGCGAGCCCAAGGGUGACAACACCAGAUAGGAGUUCUGAAAGCACAGAGUUUGAUCAGAGGGAAUUUGGAAGUCAAGUUUCUGGAAAUGGAUCUAGCAUUAUGGUAAGUGAAGGUGAUCUCCUUCAGCCUGAAAGGAUCCAUAAUGGGAUUGUGUUCAAUGUUGUAAAGAAAGAAGACUUGACAUUGUCAAAUAGGAGUCAAGAAUUAGAAAAUUACCCUAGUGAAGUAGCUGAAAGUGUGCAGAUUGACUGUCUAGAAAAGGAGAUGGAUGAUAGCUCAGGAUCUGAAUUUGAUGAUGCUGAGAAUGGUCCAGAAGAUGGCAUAAACUGUAAUUCCAUGGAUCAUUCAGGUUUAGAUUAUUGUAAUGAUCAGAGGUAAACCAUUUUGGUUAGAAAUUCUGUUAAAAUUUAAAAGAAGUUAAAAUUUGGGGGCCUACUUAGUAUUGCUUGAAGUAUCUUGUUCAAGCAACAAUUUUUAUUUUUAUUUGUAAUUUUUUCUUGAUAGAUAAGCAACCAAAUUUCUUCUGGAAGCACUAAUUCCUCUGCAGUAAUUUUUGACAGGGAAGUUAUUUGAUAUUCUGGAUUAUUGAUAAAAUCAAAAUUUAUUGAUUGUAAA